AUGUCAUCUGAAAAGCCAACAAUCUCAUCCGAAAAACGGACCACCUCAACGAUACCGGCGAUGGCACCAGAGCAUCCAAGCCAGCAACCAAACACACCAGGAUCCUGUGCUCUCCGUCUUGAGAACCUAGAAGGACAAACCUCCACCACAAAAGGCGAGCUGAUGGCAUCAGUCGCAGCAGACAUCUGCGCAACCUUCAUAAGCAUCGCCAGGUACUCUGAAGAAGGCACACUGCAAGCACAGCACACUAGGGUAAUCGACAAGGUGAUCCAGACAAUCCGCGACACAGAUGUGAAGCAGCGACACUUGCUGGAUCGACAUGUUCGUCGACUUCGCAAAGAGAGGGCCUUGAUCCGGAAGAACUAUUCGCGACUGGCAGGUCAGGCAGAUACGUUGGGUCGGGCAUAUCUGACGAAGAUGCGGAAGUUGAGCACCUCGCUGCGAGAGGCACGAGGGGAAGUCGCACGCCUACAAAAUGAGCGGGAUAUGCUGCGAGCUUGCUUGAAGAAGAACUUACCCGAAGAUGCUUCGAAUGACAAUGUCGAUGGCAGGGGGGGGGAUAUCGAUGGAGAAUAUGAGAUUGUGAAGAGUGACGAUGGAAGCUUGGAAGUAUGA